AUGAUAUUGUCGGAAUCACCAAGACAAGCAUCCCUUGAAGAAGAGGAGAUUAUUGUGAUAAGCAAAGAAGAUGAGGAAGUGAUUGAUACUUUCAGGGAUAUUGAGAGGAUGAUUAAUACAACGACGUCGUUUGAUGAUGUGAGUAGAGAGAGAGAGAGCUCUGAAAAAAAGGAAAGUGCUUAG